GUCUAUUUUUUGUUUGUUUGUUUUGUAACAUCUAGUCUCUAAAAUCUGAUCACAAUUUGAUUAUCCCCUCACUCUCUCUACGCAAAAAUGUCAGGUUACCCACAGCAUCCUCCCGGCUACGGCUACGGCGCGCCUCCGCCGCCUUCGCAGCAGCAUGGAAGCCAGCCGCCCUACGGCUCGGCCCCAUACGGUGCACCUCCACAACAGGGCUACGCCACACCGUACGGCGCGCCACCGCCACCACAGCCUCACGGGCAGUCCCCCCCCUACGCCCCCACGGCCCAACCCUACGGCGCCGCGCCCUCCGCUCCGCCCUACGACUACAAGCCCCCCAAGGACCAGCACUCCUCCGCCUCCGCUCCAGCAACCGCCUACCCCCCAUCGGCGCAGGGCUACUCCCCGUUCGCUUCGCUGGUGCCCUCGGCCUUCCCGCCCGGCACCGAUCCCAACGUCGUUGCUUGCUUCCGGAUGGCCGACCAGGACGGCAGUGGCCUCAUCGACGAUAAGGAGAUGCAGAGGGCUCUCUCUUCUUACAAUCAGAGCUUCAGCUUGAGGACCGUCCAUCUUCUCAUGUACCUCUUCACCAAUUCCAACGUCAGGAAAAUCGGACCUAAGGAAUUCACUGCAUUAUUUUACAGUCUUCAGAGUUGGAGGGACAUUUUCGAGAGAUUUGAUAGGGACAGGAGUGGCAAAAUUGAUUCGUCUGAGUUGCGAGAGGCACUAUUGAGUCUGGGAUUUUCUGUCUCUCCGACAGUUUUGGAUCUGCUUGUGUCUAAGUUUGAUAAAACUGGAGGCAAAGGCCAUGGCAUUGAAUAUGAUAAUUUCAUCGAGUGCUGUCUCACGGUUAAGGGACUAACUGAGAAAUUCAAGGAGAAGGAUAAAUCGUACUCUGGUUCAGCAACUUUCUCUUAUGAGACCUUCAUGCUCACUGUUCUGCCGUUCCUUGUUGCAUAGGAUGUUAAUGCUCUUUGGAUUCUGGUUUGGAGUUUGGCUUUUUGGUGUGUUUUUCCGCAACUGAUAUUGCACUUAUAUUCCUGCUUUAGUGAGAGUUCUGUAUUUUCUUGUUCAAUUGUAAAACUCUAGUAUAAGUGUAUCUAUGCUCUUAUAUUCCAGCUUUAGUGAUAACUCUAUAUGUUCUUGUUCUUGUAAAACUCUUGUAUAAGUAUUUCUAUGGCUAUGUAAUUUGCUGGCAACAUUUGGAUUAACCCUACUUAAAAUCUACAAGUUGAUUGUCAUUGUCA